AUGCUCGCCGGGCGCCUGCCGCUCAUCGUCGCCUGCGUCCUCACCAAACACACAACAUCCCUGACACCAAAGCCGAAACAAACGAAGCUCGGGCCGGGCUCCAUGGAGCCGGUGGAGUGGGCCCUCUACCCCCGCGGCGCCAAGCUCCUCGACGAGGUGUCGGCGACGGUCGGCGAGGCCUUCCAGCUGCGCUACGAGCGCCAGGAGGUGCGCCUCGGGUCCCUGGACCUGCGCCACCUCCUCGGCGGCGGCGGCGGCGGCGACGGCGACGCGGGCGGCGGCGGCGACGUCGUCGCGGACGUCCUCGAGGGCCCCGCCGCGCCGUCGUCGAGCCGGGGCGACCUGAGCCUGCUCGCGGCCCUGGAGCUCGCGGCGCGCUGGCCCCACGGCGGCGUGCGCGCGCUCGUGGCGACGCGGACGGACGCGGCGCGACUGGCGGCGCACGCGAUCGCGCGCCGCGUCGACGACCGGCUCGAGGCGCGGCUCCUCGCCGACGAGGCGCGGGCCGCGACGGACCGGAACGACCCGCCGCCGCGCGGCACCCUCGUCGUCGCCGUCGCGCCGUCGUCCGCGGCGCCGCGCGGCGCCGUCGCCGCGGCGACGCGGCGGCCGCGCCACGCGAGCCUCAACCCCGUCACGCAGCUCCAGGUCGUCGCCGCGCGCCUCCAGGACGCGGGCUGCUGUCUGCUGUGCCUCAACGGCCGCCUCAAGGUGCCGUCGCCCGUCGCGCCGGGCCGCGCCAUGGCGCCGCUGCUCAUGAGCGACUUCAAGCUCACGUACGCGGCCGAGGCCGACGCGCUCCAGCUGCGGGCCGACGACUCGGGCAUCGCCCUCUACCGCCGCUGGCCCAACCCGUCGUUCCGCAUGUACGCGCGCGACGCGGACCACUUCGCGUUCCUGGGAACGUCGCCGAAGCGGCCGUCGCCGGACCAGCUCCGUGCGGUGCUCGCCGAGGCGCACCGGAGAUGA